AUGAGUGUUCCGGGGGGAGCAUGCCUGUGGGAGUGGGACUCCCUAAGGGUCAGUGGGAUCAGCUCAGCCGUGACUGUUGUUUGCCCCCCGUCUCCUGGGCAGGAGUCGGGAGAUGACGAGUACAAAGGCGACCAGUCGGACAGCGAUGAUGAAGUGGACUCAGACUUUGACAUUGAUGAGGGCGACGAGCCAGCCAGUGACCAGGACGAUGACGAGCCCAAGAGGAAACGCAGGGUGGUCACCAAGGCUUACAAGGAGCCUAUCAAAAGCCUGAGACCCAAGAAGCCCGAUACAGCUGCUAGCAGCUCCCAGAAGGCGCGAGAGGAGAAGUCUGCACCCCUGGAACUCCAGGAUGAAGUGGGAGACAGCCGCAAGUACAUGCGCCAGUCGACUACGGAGCACACGCGCCAGACCUUCCUGCGUGUCCAGGAGCGUCAGGUGCAGUCGAAGCGCAAGAAGGGGGGGCCGAACUGUGACAGGCCGCUGACGCAGGAGGAGCUGCUGGAGGAGGCCAAGAUCACAGAGGAGAUUAACCUGCGGUCUCUGGAGACCUACGAGCGGCUGGAAGCUGACAAGAGGAAGCAUGUGCAGAAGAAGCGGAAGUGCGUGGGGCCAGUGAUCCGCUACUACUCGGUGACCAUGCCACUGAUCACUGACCUCGGGGUGAAGGAGGAGAACGUGGAUGUGGAAGGGUUGGAUCAAGACAUGCAGCAAACAGCAGAGACUCCCCAGGCUGCUGCCUCCCCGGCUGGCAAAUGUUCUCGCACCUUCAUCACCUUCAGCGAUGAUGAGACCUUUGAGCGCUUCUUCCCUAAAGCCAAGCAGCCCAAGCUGCCUGUGAAGGAGAUCUGCCCCGUCACCCACAAGCCAGCCGUUUACAGGGACCCCAUCACCGACAUCCCCUACUCCAACAUCCGGGCCUUCAAAAUCAUCCGUGAGGCCUACAAGAAAUACAUCACUGCCCAUGGGCUGCCCAACGCAGCAGCUUCUGCGGCCCUGGGGGCAGGGCCGCCCGCAAUGGACCCAAAUGUCCGGGCAACCAGGCAGAAAAUCAUCAUCAAACAAACCGUCCCGGCCACAUAAAGCCUAGGAGUGUCUGUUCUCUUUCCAGGAGGGAACUUCUUAAAUGGACACAGGCACCUUUGGGUGGCUGAAUAUUGACCCACCCGUCCUCCUCCUUCCCUACGUAUCUUUGUUUUUCAAACUUUAACGGGUGGUGGUUCAUUGCUCUUUAUUUAUUUCAUUUUUUAAAGAAAAAAUCAAUGCCUGCAGCGGUCCUACCAGAACAAACCAGCCUGCGCAGCCCCUCCCUCCCGGGAGACCCUAUGGAAAACAAACCAGCCUGCACAGCCCAUCCCUCCUGGGAGAUCCUACGGAAAACAAACCAGUGUGCACAGCCUGUCCCUCCUGGGAGACCCUAUGAAAAACAAACCAGCGUGCACAGCCCGUCCCUUCUGGGAGACCUUACGAAAAACAAACCAGGGUGCACCAGCAGAGGCAUGCAGUGGGUGGGAUCACUUAUUCUGUAAGGAGCAGGAUGGAUUUUAAGCUCAGAAAUGGUGCCUGUUGUUUAUCCGUUUAGAAAGAUAAUAAAAUGACAGGACAGA